AUGGCGUCUAAGGGUAUGUGGGAGGUUGACCCCGAGACACGGUCCAAGCUCGCGACUCUUCAAAAAGAAUCGAAGAACAACAUUUGCUGUGACUGCAAUGCGCCAUCCCCGCAAUGGGCCUCCCCCAAGUUUGGUAUCUUCAUCUGCCUCUCGUGCGCCGGUGUGCACCGAGGCCUCGGUGUUCACAUCUCCUUCGUCAGAAGUAUCUCGAUGGAUGCUUUCAAAUCAGGCGAAAUCGAACGAAUGCGACUCGGCGGUAACGAGGGAUGGAGGAACUUCUUCGAGGAACACGAGCAGACCAAGAUGAUGGGUAUCACCUGGGAAGACUCGACUAUUGCAGAACGAUACAGUGGCGAAGUAGGCGAGGAAUGGAAAGAGAGGCUGAGCUGCAAAGUUGAGGGACGUGAGUACGUGCCUGGUGAAAAGAAGCCCGCUCCUGCGCCUGCGAAGCCCGCAUCGCGAACUGGCACUCCUAUGAGUGGCAGUGCUCGACGGAACGAGAGCCCUGCAGCGGGACCAGGAGGCAAGGUCAAGGUAGACGACCAAUACUUCUCAAAGCUCGGUGCAGACAAUGCCUCGCGACCGGAUCAUCUACCACCUAGCCAGGGUGGAAAGUAUGCCGGAUUUGGAAGCACACCUGCGCCGAGCAACUCGGAUAAUGACCUCAACUUUGGUGAUAUUCAGAAGGAUGCUGUAGCAACCCUUACAAAAGGCUUUGGAUGGUUCACAUCAACAGUUACCAAGACUGCCAAGACUGUUAAUGAUGGCUAUAUUCAGCCUACUGCUAAGCAGAUUGCCGAUGGCGACUUUGCUAAGCAGGCCCAACUCACAGCUUCGGCCUUUGCAAAGCAAGCUCAAGCAGCAGGGAAGAAUGCGCAGGAAGGAUUUACAAGAUUCGUAGAGGGUCCCGAGAAUCAGAAGGGCCGGGGAGCUCCCUUGGAUGAGAGCAAGAAGAGCUUCUGGGAUGAGUUCUCGAACCUGGCAGACCAGAGGCAACCUGGUCACAAUGCAAUUGGAACAAGUGCUAUGGGUAUGGGAAAGAAGAGUACAACGGCACCUCCACCAAAGAAGCAGGAUGACGCAUGGGAUGAUUGGUGA